AUGAUAAAGUUAAUUAUCAUUAUAAGUCUGCUGACUAUAAAUCAUGCAUACCAAACAACGGAAACUUCAGAGGAAACUACGGUUGCUGCAGCAGUGAAUACUGAUAGUGAUGUGACUACUGUGAGUGGUGAAGCUUCGGAAAUUCGGACAACUAUCGAGAUGAAUCAUGAUAGAAUCACCGAAGGCCCAACCAAAUGGAUUCGGACAACUGGCGAAAUGGAUCAUAUCACCGGAGCCACCGAAGAGCCCGUUUCCACAACAACCGGAGAGACAGUAGCAACGAAAACGACCGAAGAAAUUGCAACGACAACGAUUGAGCAGCCGAACGUAUUCAAAACUGAUAGGCGUUUCGGUUGGGCGCAGUUGUCGAAACUUUGCCGAGCUAAUAAUCUAUUUUCAUAUUCAAAAAUUGGAGGAGAACAGCCAAAAAAUACUGAGAAUACAAAAGACCAAGGUGCUGUUGCUGAAAGUGAGAGAACAGAAUUGGAGAAUUUAUUGAAAGAGGAUAAAGAGAAAGAUGCGGCGAAUCAUGGAUCGAAUCGAUUUGGUUUGGGAAGUCUGGCGAUGGGUUUUGUGAUAUUUCAACUUGCCAAUCAUCUUCUGGUCGUCUGA